AUACAAGGGGGCUCCCCUCUCCCUCUUCCCACUCACUUGCCAUCCCUACAGUCCCAAUUGUCCCCUCCCCCAGGCAGGCCAGGACACUCUCAACAAAACCAGGCCCAGCAGGAAAAAACAAAACGAAAGCCAGCCUGUGGCAGGCACAGCAAUACAUGGGGACACAUCGGCGGAUACACCUUGGACCUCCUGGGACAGCUGAGAGACCCUGCCACUGAGAACACAGACCUCCAAGGACACCAUGAGCACAGGGAGCUCCAGCCUUCCCAGUCCCCCAGCCUUCCCUACGACUCCUGCCACUUCUGGGACUUACACCGCGGCUGCCGAUCCUGUGUCAGUUCUCAUCGCCCUGGCCUGCAUUUUUCUGCUGUUGGCCUCUUGCCUGCUAUUCAUGAUGCUGUGUAAGCCAACUGCACUGGACCCUGGUCGUCAAGGGGCCCGGGAAUACAUGCCGCAUCACCCAGUGAGCCCCAGUGAGCCCAGGCUCCGGCUCUGGAAGCGUCUGGGCUCUCUACGCCGUUCUCUGCACAGCUUCCGGCGAGGCAGGUCUGCUGUCCAGCAGUGUCCUCUGCCGGGCCUUGAUGACCACCGAGGCGACUGUGACUUCACUGAAGCCACCAAGAUGUGAUACAGUGCUCAUCUGUACCCACAACCAUCCUGCCUCCUAAGGAGCCUGGCAUUGAAGUCUGUAGGACAGUGAUACCCUGGACUGACCCUGCCCAGUAUUUCUCUGUGUGUCCAACCCAUGUCCUUUCCCAGAAGACUCUGAAGGCCCCUGCUUCUGCUUGUUAACAUAUCCUUGGAUCAAAAUAUCUACAGGCCUCUAGACCUUUACCCUGUGGCCCUGAGGUAUAACUUGGGGUACCACAGCACCCCUUUUUGGAAGCUAGGUAUCUAUUGAUCCCAGGAAUAGCACCUCCUGACCCUCCAGAAGCCUUUCCAUUGUUUAAAGGCCCUACUUAGUGCAGCUGCUAAAAGGUCCAGACACCUCAACUAAGUGGGAUGUUUGCAUAUCCUGGGUCUACACUAGCUUGCAUCUGUGCUAACCUAGUACCCCGGGGAAACGGAUGCAGGAAUUCCUUUUUUGGCGGUCCUGCACCUCCUUGUGGGUCUGGUUGGUUGCCAGCCAGGGCUCUGGCAAGUAUCAAAUCAUGAACCUGGGAAUCCCCUUCGUGGCCUCCUGUCAGGACAGAUCGGGAGGGCCUGAAGACGGCAGCCCACGGAAGUUUCCUAUACGCUGAGUAUGGUAGUUCACACUUGUAAUCCCAGCACGCAACAGGCCAAGGCAGGAGGAUUGUUUGAGGCAGCCUGGCUACAACAUGACAUCCUGAAUCAAAUGAAAUCCAAACAAGUCAAACAAACAAAAAAGAGGCUGUUGUCCAAGGCUACAUGGAGGUUGUGUAGGAGGCUGGCCACUGCUAGUCCUGGAGGGGAUGCUGCCUGGACUCUGAGGAUUCAUGGUAGCAGUACCACGUCUCACUGGGAAAGAGCUGGUCUCCUCUCAGGUAGCGUAAACCAGACCUCUCAGGACAGCGGGACGAUCAAGGCUGGCUUGGCGCCAGCCGCACUCUCUGUGUUGUGGCAACAACUUCAUCAAGUGACCUGUUGAAGCAGGGCCACUGCAGUGUGGUGCGGGCUGCUGGGAAUCCCAGCCUUUUGUCCCACCUUCCAUGGCCAAGGCCUCUGCCGCAUCUCAGACUUGAAGCUUAGGCAGAGGGGACCUACAAUGCUUAGGUCCUAUCCCAGAGUCAAGUGACCCGGGACAGCCCACCUUAGCUGCUAUGACCCAGAGUAAAGUCACCCAAUAUUCCCAAGGACUGAGCUUAGAUCCGGAGCUCUCACUGGUUCCCCUUGCCUGCUGGAUGGACCUGUUCCUCGGUGUGUAGUGGGCUCUCUGUAAUUUACGUUCCUAGCCUCAUCCUGACCAGACCCUUAAGGCAACUGAAUGAUCUGUCCUCCCUGUCUAUGGUUUAAGCUUGGCUGGGACCUGCAUUUUGAAGCCUUCUUUGUUUUGCAAUAGAACUGCCCUUCCUUCUGGAGCUCUUCCCCUCUCUCAUCUGUCUCAGGGAGGCCAGCAGCAUGCACGGGCUUGUCUGUCUUCUUUCCUACAAGCCUGGGAGCUGCCGGGAGCCACAUCCUGUCCCAGAACUCAUUACAUCCCCAAGGCAGCAGGCAUCUGGUGUGAGCCUGACCUACACCAAUGGCCUAGUGUCCCCUGUGAUACCCCUAAAGACGGUGGCUCUCCAAGGGUGCUAUAGAGGUAAGGUCACUGUCCCUUCCUCUUGCAUCCUUGUAAUAAGAGUGUGGGUGGGGUGGGCAUCUUUGCAUGGCCUGGGGGAGAAAGUGUCCUGAGACCCUGAACAUCUCAGAAGUGGGGAGAACAGGGGAGCUCUGUGUCACUCAGGAAUUCCAGGGUGUGGUCCCAAGUCUAAUUGUACAUAGAAACCAAGACUUCAGGGCCAGGAAGCAAGCCAGCUUCUCUCCAAAGGGCUUUGAGUACCCCUUGCCUCUUCACCUGCCUAAAGCAUCUUAGGUUAAACUCCUCCAUGGCCUACUACAUCCUAUGUUGGAUGGGUUGCAGGUUCUGGGGUGUCUAUCAAUGAGCUGGGAAAGGCAUGUACUAAGUUAGGGUGUUGUUCCACUGCUUCAUGGAUAGAGAGGCAGGGGGAGGACUCAUUCCUCCCCCCUCAGGAGCCAGCUGCUGGACUCUUGCAUGUCUCUGGCCUUCCUGGACUCUACUGAGGCUGCUUUCCUUCUGUUCCUUUCUUGACCAUUCCCAGUGCCCCCAUAGGGAGGUAGAUUCUCUUUACCCCCCACUCUUCCUUCCCUCCUGAGCUAGGGAACAGGCCAUAGUGGCAGGUCCAUCUCUGUUGAGUUUGGCUCACCCUUGGAUUGCGUGGAAAACACUGAGGCUGGUGAAGUGGGCCAUUCAGUUCCUGUCUUCCCCCCAGCAACUAAGCAGCCCCACUGUGUGUGUGUGUGUGUGUGUGUGUGUGUGUGUGUGUGUGUGUGUGUGUGCAAGCACACACGCUUCAUUUUCAGGGUCAUCCUGCCCCUGGGCCUCUUAGCUGUGACUCCUACUCUAGGCCAAGGAGCCCUUUCUUCUUCUGCCUGCUUUCUUUCAAGGGGGAGUGUGGCCAAGGAGCUGUGAAAGCCGCUCUGUCUAGCCUUGGUGAGCCCUGGCUCUCACUCCUUGACUCCUUUCCAGGAAAGAGUUACUCUCCCCUGCCCAGUGCUCUGAAAGGCUCUGGGGGAGGCUAAGGCAAGCCAGGGCCCUGUCCUCAGCUCACACAGACUGGGGCCCACUCUUGCCAGAAGGGAGGAGGGAACAUGCAUGCCUUUCCUUGAAGUACAAGCCACUUCCAGGCCACGCUGGCCUCCCGCUGCCCCUACCCUCUGUGACAUGAUGCUACUGAACCAGUGACCUCGGGGCUGAGUAUAUCCCUGCCUGGCCCCAGCCUGCCACCUGCCUGCACGAUGCUGUGGCCCUCUGGGAUGUCUUCUGGGACGCUGGCCUCAUAGCUGCUUUGCAGAAAGAUGGGCCGGUUGUCAUUCACGUCCAGAACUGUGACAAACACAGUGGCCGUGCCUGUGCGCCGCUUGCCUACAGGGCCAUUGUCUGUGGGAGGUGAAGGAGAGCAGGUAUUAGAAGCUAGGUACUCCAAGCUGUCAACCAGAGACACGCUGUCCUAUACCAGCCUCAAGGGAUGGCGGCUCAUUGCCCUUCCAGACCAUCAACAUCACUAACAAUACCCAGGGCUGACAUAAUGCCACGUCACAGAUAAACUUCUGAGGCUCAUUCAGUCCUCACAGCGGUCUAGGGAAGUAGACAGGAUUCUCCUUCCCAGCUCACAGCGUAGCUAAGCAAGACACUGAAGAAGGUGGGGUGAACGGUCGAAUUUUUAGGAAUCUGUGCACAUUAUUCAUUUCAUAAAAGGGGCUUUUGGAGACGCAAUUAAUGUUAAGGAUCUUGAAGGGAGGCCAGUGUUUACCCAGUGAUUAAGUGUCCUUAGAAGACAAGGUACUCUGAGCAUAGUGGGUGCCUGUAGUGUCUGAUGGCAAGCCAAGGCAGGGGGAUUGUUAGAGACCAGUUAUUUGAGCGCCGCCUGUCUCAAAAUGCAACCACCAUCAAAGAGAAGGUCGUAUGAAGAUGGAGCCAUAAGCCGAGGAACCCUGUAGCCGUCAGACAUGGAGAGGCAAGGCGGGAGUCUAUGGAGGACUGCGGCUCUGCCAACACCUUGGUUUUGAACCUCCAGAACCAGAGACUCCACAUUCUUUUAAGCCACCAAGGUUGCCUUGAUUUGUCCCAGCCAGGCUGGGGCCCACACAGGUGAGGAAAUAUGACACCGCCUGCUGUCCAGGCCAGGGUACAGUGAAGGGCGAGGGAUACGGGGUAAGACGCCUGGGUCAGUCACCUCAAGGGCAGGUGUUUGCUGCUCCAGUCACAGGCGAUGGGCGAAAUGUGGGUCCAGGGACACAGGGACUCUGAUUUCUCAAGAGAGACUGAGCAUCUGAACUUUGGUGUAAAGGCUUUUUAAAAAAAGUUCCUCACUAAGUAUUAUUGUUCCCUAUUAAACAUCAGGAUGGCCAGACCAGUGUUCCUACAGGAUGGACUUGGUUCUCAAACUUAAAGCAUGGUGGCUCUAUGGGAGCCAGCCAGGGUGGAGAGCUGUGCCGCAGGUGCCAUGGCCCCACCCGGGAAAGCUUCUGAAAGUCCUUCCCAGAAGGUGACACUCCUGCCCAGUGUGUGUGUCCCAACCAGGACACUCAACCCAGGGAGGGGCAGGACAGCUGGGUUGGCUGGGGACAGAUGGUGAUUUGGUUUUUCUUUCCAGCUGAGCACACACUGGGGUACAGGUCAUUCACCCCACGGUGGCCCCUUUUACUCUUCUAGGCCCCUCCCUCUCAUCCCAAAGACCCUGCCUCAGCUGAGGAUGCUGAGCUAGAAGACAUCCAUGGAGGAUGGGACCAAAGCCCUGUGCUUCUGCCAGCUCAAGCCAAGGCUGGCUCAAGUUGGGAGAUGGCUCUCCAAAACGCAGUGACUUCCCAGGCUACACUCAGGAUGGGCAGAGAGCACAGCAGGACAGAGCCAGCGGGGCAUGGUGGAACUGCGAGGGACAGCUGAUUGGAAGAGUGUGACAUAGCUCAUUCCUGCUCACACAGAGACAUGCACACAGGCACAUGCAUACACACAGACAUUCACAGACACAUGCACGUGUGCAUGUGUGCGCGUGUAUAUGAGCGCAUGCACACACACACAUACACACACACACACCUUGUCUGCCCAUCAGCACAUCCUGCCCUUUUCUGGGAAAACCACACCUGACUGUCCCCCACUGAUGCUGAGAUGGGUGGGAUACCCUCCCUGCCCCAUCACCCUGUCUGUAGCACUAGAGACGGACAACGUACAGGCAUAAUUGGGCACACUUCACUUCCCUAGCCAUAAUGAGGUGCCCAGCCACCAACACGGACCAGAUGGAACCAACCGCAGCUGCUCUAAAGGCUGAAGCUGCCAAGGCUGGGGAGAAGGCUUCUCUACUGCUACGCUUGAAGCUGGAAGGAUGCUGAAUUGGGGUGGCUGUAAUGAAUGACCACCAUGGUCCAGAGAACGACACAAUCAACUCACAGCGCAGAACGACCAGUGCAGGGUGACUGAGGUCUAGCGGCGCCCCGAGUCCUAACUAGUCACUGCCCAUUUAUUUUAAUUUUUGAUUGUUUGAGAAAAGUCUCAGGUGGCAUAGGCAGUCCUCAAACUUGCUGUGCAGUUGGGAAUGGCUUUGAACUCUUGAACCUUCUGCCCACUCCUCCCCUGUGCUAGGAUCACAGGUGUGUGCCAUCAUGCAUAGAUGUGCAAUGUUCAUAUAUCACCUGUCUCCCCUUCCUGCUUUGUUCUGGCAGAGCAACAAUGAGUCCAUUUAGUGGCCUGCAUGCGGCCUCACCCUCCUCUGUACUUGGGAGCACUGGAAAGUAACCGCUUACCCUACAGUGUCCGGGAAUACUGUGAGUGCAGUGGACCUUUCUUCACUGCCUGGGGGCAGAGUUUGGACUCCAAGCCUGCUUCCCCAGUGUGAACUCUGCCUAGGAUAACUGUGCAGGCAAUAUGCAUGACAGCUAGCUCUUACCUAUGGCCUCCAGCACGAGCGUGUAUGCAGCUGUGGUCUCACGGUCCAGGCCGACAACGGUUCUCACCACAGCAUCCCGGUAGCCCACACUGAACUUCCCGUCCACAUUUCCCCCUGCAGGCACAAGUGAAGGAAGAGUCAGGUUGGGCAGCAGAGCUCUAUAUCAGACAGAAGGAGGCACCAUGACUCUCCUCCUAAAUGGGCACCUGCACAGGACCCCUCAAGGGAUGCCAUUAAUCUCUUACAGGUGGAAGGCAGCCUGUGUGGGCUGAAUGACUGACUAGAAGCGUAAGUGUUCAACAUCUAUUGAGCACCUACUGUGUACCAGACACUCUAAUUAUGGGCCAGGUCAUAUAACCUCCACUUGAACUGAGGUUCUGUGCCCAGGGAGGACUGGAAUGGAGCAGAGGGGAGAGUGGACAGGAGACAGGUGAGGCUUGGUGGCCCUGGAUGGUGGUCCCCUUGUGGGGUGGAGCCAGGGGAGAGGGUUCUCUGGGACUAUCGAGGGAGAGACCCACCUCACGUGAGCUGGCUGUAGUACAGUAUGUUAGACAGCAGAGGGCGCCAUUGAAAUGUGCUUAGACGAAUUGGGGUCACUCAGUUGAUUUCAGAGAUGGAAAUCUACAAAGGCUCAAGGCCAGUGAGCACGAAACAGUCACUUUGGGGGUCCUGGGAAGUCUCCUUUCUCUUUACAUGGUUUGCCCCUGAGGGAAAGCCCUGGAAGUCAACGUCUGGACUCCUCACAGUCUGAUAGUCUCCUGCAAUGGACAGAACCCAGUUCUUCAUGGGACAGGGAGGAAGUAAGUGGGAGUUAGUGUUGGCCGCAGAGCCUCUAGGCUAAUGUCAUGCGGUAACUGUCUCGCUAACUGUGGCUCUCUUGGAUGGCCUUUGGGCUAGGAGCUGAGCAUGAGGAGGAAAGGAAGGGAAGGGCCUGGGAAGGAAAGCCUGAGGGCUGAAAAGUCAUUGCAGCUACAGGAAAGCCCAUGAGUGACACAUGAGCCUGGGAUCCCUUACUGCUGGGGCCAGGUGGUCAGGGAGGGUAGUGUGCACACUGGGCAUGUCUUCAGGCAAGCGUGCCCAGAUGUGGUAGAGACAUGACAGGACCCCAGACGGCUCACAAGGACAAAGAAGGCGGUUAUGGGAGGGCUGAGGGGUGUGGAGGGCUCUUCCCGCCGGCCCUACCUUCUAGUGCCUGUCAGAGGGGCCAUGCUUGAAAAAAGCCGAAAAACUAUGCUAGCUUGGGAUGACAACUGCAGAGCGUGUUUACUGUCCCCUGUAGGUUCCACUACUGUGACAGGCUCACUUUCCCCAGAAAGCCAGGGCAGGACCUCAUCAGGGUUAGCCCCAACUCAACCGGCAGUAGCUACUGAACCUGUUCCAGCCCAAACUAAUCCCUUUAGGGAGUUUGCAGCCACCUGCCUCUCAACAGAUAGGAGUUCUCGGGGAAGGAUGAAGCCACGUUCCUUCAGGAUUGCUUUCUCACCCUGAGGUGGGGUGAAGAGUCACCCCAGUCAACACUGUCCCCUCUGACUACCCCCACACAGUACACCUUCAGCCUUGAAGCUCCCUGAACCAGGAGCAAGCCCCUGGGGAGGCAUGAGGGUAGAGGCCCAUGUCCCCUUUCCUCCCUUCUGUCCCUGUCAGGAGGGUUGGGGCAGCCAGGAGGCAGCGAGGGAAGUACCUGUGAUGAAAUAGCUGAGCUCCGCGUUGAGGCCCACGUCAUUGUCUGUGCAGUUCAGCCAGACCACACGGAACUCACGGGGAACGUCCUCAGACACGGACACGUUGUACACAGCAGGGAAGAAGGUAGGCGUCUCAUCAUUCACAUCCAACACUGCAAACGGAAGGGACACACUAGGCUAGGCCUGGCUACUACCGUGGAUGCUCAGGUGCAUGCAGCGAAAGGGUUUCCAAGGGGGUCAAGGGCUCCCGGUGACAUUUGUGUCAAUGCUGUCUGCUUAUGAAUCCAGGGGUCCUGUAUGGUGGCUGAGCUAGCAAGGUCCAAACUGACUAGAGCUGGCACACACACCAUCCCUGACUGUCAUAUAGCUGUGAUAAGGCCAGUGCGUCCUUAACAACAACAGCAAUAUUAAUAAUGACAAUGACACUAAGGGUUCUCACUCAGUCCACAGCCACCCUUUAUGGCGUCGUUCUGAGGCAGGCGUCACCAGCCACACUGUAGAUGGGAGGACAGAGGCUCAGAGCAGUUGAGUAACUUAUCUGCAGUCACACAGCGAUAGAGGGGGAGGGGCUGUGGUCUUGGAGAGAUCUACCCCAGCUUAAGAGAGGGAUCUCAGGGAUCUGGCUCUGGGGGUUUUCCUUCCUAAAAUUUUAAUUUCCCUUAAAUAUUUGUAUGUCUAGCUUUUUACACCAACUCCCCUCUCUCUUGAGCACAUGGGGUUUAGGGUGACCCUUACAAGUAAGAUGACUUCCCCCAUUCUCUGUAAUGCCAUUAGAAGUGACAGGCCAUUGUCACUAUUUGUGGUUUUGCUGAGCUUGGAAAAGAAGUUCUUUGGGGGUUUGUAGUGAGAUAUCCACCCUGCUCAUACCUGUAGCACUGGCCACGCCCAUUUGGGCGUGGUCACGGGUGAGGAUGUGAUGGAGGAGAGGACUAGAUCUGGGGUCACAGACCCCAGAGCUCUCUUGCUGCUGGUUGGGUCACAGGAAACAGUUUGGGAGGAUCCUUGAAGCUGGAACCUGUGGCGGUCACCCGCCUUUUGUGUAAGUGUAAUCUCCCCAAAUAAACUUCACUUAACUUGUA